AUGCAGCGAAGAGAAUUAUUAUUAAUUAAGUCACAGACUGGUGAAUCAAGCGCAGUUCUAACUGAAUUGAUUAACGGAGAGUCUUAUGAUGUUUAUUUGAGAGGACGAUUUUCAUGGAUAGAUCAAGAAAGUGAACUGACACAUAUCCAAGUGUCACCUCGCAUACUCCCACCUACUACAUGUCGAGCAGAAACCAGUCAUAUGAAUGCUACCAUCUUUCUAACAUGGUCACGUGUACCUCAUGCAACUGGCUAUGAAAUUGAGCGAAUGUCAUGCACUGAAGAUGUUCAAUCGAAGUUCAUUAAGAUUGCAACGAUUCCGAGUGCCGGAACAACUGCUUAUUCCGAUGAAUCUAAUCUUGUAAAUGGUAAUAGCUAUAACAACACCCCAAUUUNACCUGAUAAUUUGAAAGCAACUGCAGGUAGAGAAAGUGCUAGCAUUGACAUUUCCUGGUCAUCUGUUACUAACGCAGCUAGUUAUGAAAUUCAACGAUCGGGGUUGCCCACCAAUGGCAUAGCAGACUUUCAGACGAUUUCACAUAUUUUAAACAAGCUUACGACCAAGUACACCGAUAAUAAAGGUCUUAUGAAUGGUAAAACAUAUAGUUACAGAAUUGCCGCUAUUAAUACUGAAACAAGAAGUGUCUUCUCUCCCGUUGUCACUGUAAUACCUCAAUUGACACCACCUGAGAAUUUCAAAGCAAUGAUAGGUUUGGAAAGUACAACUAUUGCUCUUUCAUGGUCAGCAGUAGCAAACGCAACUGGUUACAAAAUUGAACGAGCAUUACCUACAAAUGCCGUGAUGAAUUUCGCACCUAUCCAAACAAUAUCAAAUGGUCAAACAACCACUUACAUCGAUAAUUCAGAUCUUGUGAAUGGUAAAACAUACAGCUACCGAAUUGCAGCUAUCGACAAUCAAUUGACAAGUGCAUUCUCUUUAGUUGUCUCUGCAAUGUCUCGAUUGACAGCACCCUGUAAUUUCCAAGCAGUUUUCGACGAAAGGGCUACUUCUGUGAAUCUUUCAUGGACACCCGUUGCAAACGCAGAUGGAUAUAGAAUUGAAAGAGCAUCUAGUAUCGAAGAUAUAGCCAACUUCAAGUUAAUUACAACUAUAUCAAAUGGUCAAAUGACAACGUAUAUUGAUAGUUCGCAUCUUCAAAAUGGCAAAACAUAUUAUUAUCGAAUUGCCGCAGUGGAUAAUAAUUCACAAAAGGAAACUUGGGCAUGGACACUAUGGAAGGAUACAACUUUGUUAAGUCCAUUUUCAACUGUUGUUCAAGUUACACUUUCCUCAGUACCAUCUAGUCAUUCCAAGAGUAUUGAUGUCAGACGAGGUGAUCUAGCGAAAGAAAAUGUAGAUGCGAUAGUCGUUAGUUCUUCGUCAGAUGGGUUACGACAAGCGAUCUUGAAAGCAGCUGGUUCCUCGGUUGAAACCGCUUAUACCGAUGGCAAAAAUAAAAAUCCCUCUGAUGGUAUAAUUAUCACAUCAGCAGGUCAAUUAUUAUGCAAGAAAAUCUUUUUCAUAUCAUGGAAUACAAGUGCUGCAUCACCAAUCCUAAGAAAUUCAAUUGAAGGUUUUGUUCACAGUGCUAUCCAACGUGUGAUCGAACAUAAUCUUCAUAGUAUCGCUUUCCCUGCUAUCGGUUGCGGAGGAUUCGGCCAUUCGAUUGAUCUGGUUGCUGAAGUCAUGAUUUCGAAAGCUGUAAAUCAACUGAAAGUAUUAAAUCACUCGCUUGAAAUUGUUUUUGUCAUAUUACCUGAUCGAGAAGACCUGUACGAUAAAUUUGUCGAACAGAAAAAUAAAUUUCAACCAAUGAUAUCAAAGUCAAUUUCUUUAAAUCACAACGAAUUACCUUCGAAUUGGGAGCUAUCAAGUAACUCAAACCAAAUUCUGUUUACUGUUUCAACGACUUCUACAGAAUACAGUUCGAUAAUUGCUCAAUUUAAAGCAACAAUAAGACCGUAUGCGCCGAUAAUCGUUCGUUUAGAACGUGUUCAAAAUAUUCGAUGGUAUAAACAAUACAAAGUUCAUGAAGAAGAUUUUCAAAAGCGUUUGAAUAAAGAUACAGCACGAAUAGUAUACCAUGGAUGUCCAGAAAAUUCAGCCAAGGCUAUUAUCGAUCAAGGAUUCAAUCGAAGUUUUGCUGGUGUUAAUGGAACUGUGUAUGGGGUCGGUGUAUAUUUUGCUACAGAUGCAUCUUACAGCCAUUCGUAUACAAUAGUGAAUUUAGCCGGAGAACGUUGUAUGUUUAUCGCAAAAGUAUUAAUAGGCAACUCUACUGUAGGCAAUUCUUCAAUGAAAGUAUGUCCAGUUGGUUGUGAUUCAACCACUAAUGGAACUAAUAUCUUUGUUGCUUAUCACGAUGCACAGUCCUAUGCCGAAUAUUUAAUAACAUACAAGUAA